AUGAAUGCACUUGUCUCCCGGGCUGAUGCUGUUGUCUCUGUCCCUGCAGUGUCUCUGUGUCUGCUGCUGAACCUGGCUGAAGACACCCGCACAGAGCUGAAGAUACGGAACAAGAACAUCGUCCACAUGCUGGUGAAGCUCCUGGACCGGGAGGACGAGGAGCUGCUGCUGGUGGCGCUCUCCUUCCUCAAGAAGCUCUCCAUCUUCCUGGAGAACAAGAACGACAUGGCGGAGGCGUUGGUCGUGGAGAAGCUGGCUCGCCUGGUCCCCUGUGAGCACCGGGACCUCCAGACCACCGCCCUGCGCCUCCUGCUCAACCUCUCCUUCGACACGACGCUGCGAGGCCACAUGGUCCGGACGGGACUCCUCCCCAAAGUCUCCUCGCUGCUCGCUGACGAGGCCCAGAGACAGCUCAGCAUGUGCAUUCUGUACCACAUCAGCGUGGACGACAGAUUCAAGUCCAUGUUUGCCGACACGGACUGCAUACCGCAGCUGAUGAAGAUGGUGUCCGCCUGCGGGGAGGAGGAGAUGGACGUGGAGCUCAUCUCGCUCUGCAUCAACCUGGCGGCCAACCCGAGCAACGCCAAGGUCAUCUGCGAAGGUAACGGUCUGAAGAUGCUGAUGAAGCGAGCGCUGAAGCUGAAGGACGUUCUGGGGAUGAAGAUGAUCAGAAACCUUUCUCAGCACAGCGGGCCCACUAAGAUCCUCUUCCUGGACCACGUGGGCGACCUGGCAGCUCAGAUCAGCGAAGACGAGGCCGAGGAGUUUGUGAUCGAGUGUCUGGGCACGCUGGCUAAUCUGACCAUCCCCGACCUGGACUGGGCGCUGGUUCUCAAGGAGUACAACCUGGUGCCGUACCUGAAGGACAGACUCAAACCAGGUUCUGCAGAGGACGAUCUGGUGCUGGAGGUGGUGAUCAUGAUCGGCACCGUCUCCAUGGAUGACUCCUGUGCAGCCAUGUUGGCCAAGUCUGGCCUCAUUCCUGCUCUCAUUGAGCUGCUCAAUGCCCAACAAGAGGACGACGAGUUUGUGUGUCAGAUUGUGUACGUCUUCUACCAGAUGGUCUUUCACAAAGCCACCAGGGACGUCAUCGUCAAGGACACUCAAGCCCCGGCGUACCUCAUCGACCUGAUGCACGACAAGAACGCAGAGAUCCGCAAAGUCUGCCACAACACGCUGGACAUCAUCGCCGAAUACGACGAGGAGUGGGGAAAGAAGAUCCAGAACCAGAAGUUCCGCUGGUACAACGGUCAGUGGCUGGAGAUGGUGGAGAACCGGCCGAUGGAUGAAGAUGGAGAACCCUUUGUGUUCGGGGUGGACGGAGAAUCCUCCAUCGGGGGCCGAGACCUCCUGGAGAGACCCGACCUCUUCUACAGCGCUGAUGGGAUCAUGUCAGCAGACGGCACCAUCAGUCCGGAGUUCUACACCCACUUCCCGGAUGGAGAUCUGGGAUACAUGAGCAGGUGAGGAGCUCUCAGUUCAUCUGA